AUGUUUAGGACCAAACGAGCCCUUUGGCACAAGCUGGCCGACACCGUCGUCGGAGAGUUCGGCGGCGUUGUCACCGCUGACCAGGCCGAAAACAAAUGGAAGUCCUUGGAGAGAGCGUACAAGAACGCCAAAUCAAAAAACAACAAGUCGGGCCACUCUAGGGUGCAUUUUGAAUACGAGGACGAGCUUCAUGACAUCCUCGAGAAAGAGCACCAUAUUUCACCAACUGUGUUGUUGGCGCCGGGAAGAGUGCUUGAAAAGGAAGGAGACACCAGCGCCGAGGUUGAAACCUCCCGAGGAACAGAGGCAGGACCCUCCUCCCUUGCCUUAGGGGUGGCUCCGCCCUCAAACCAGCGUGCUCCGGCCGGUACACCGAGCAAGAGAAAGAGGGAAACCGCCCUGGGCUCGCUGCUCAAGGUGUUCGCCGACAUGGAGGAGAGUCGCAAGAAACGACAUAAGGACCGGAUGGCUCUUCUCGAGCGCCUGGUGACUGCAAUCGAAAAGAGCGCGCCGGCACAGUAG